AUGCUCCGUGAGCUUGAACCCUACGCGACAGGUCUGGGACCUUAUGGACUGGCGGGAGUGUUACUCCUGUCCACCUUGGUCUUCUUGCUGGCACCGUCGUACGGUUCGCGACUUCCCCUCAUCAAUGGAAAAGGACGUUUCGAAUUCCAGAGUACCAAUGCGAAGAGGCGUUUUGUGCAAAAUGCACAGAAUCUGAUCCAGGCGGGACUGGCGAAGACCAACGUAUUCCGCAUCAUCACCGAGAACGGUGAAAAGACAAUUCUGUCACCGAAAUACGCCACGGAACUUCGCAGCCACCAUGCGCUGAACUUCGGCUUGAGCGUCGCAGAUGAAUUCCACUCGACUCUUCCCGGCUUCGAGCCCUUUGCCGAGGGAACAUCCGUCGAAUCCAUUCUGCAGGAUGCCAUCCGGACGAAACUGACGCAGAGUCUCGGCAAUGUCACGGAGCCACUCUCGUCGGAGACGGCGCUUGCUCUGAGUACCGUUUUGACCGACAGCCCUGACUGGCACGAAGUCAACCUGAAGUCCACUAUCCUUCGCAUCGUGGCCCAGCUCUCCUCUAAAGUUUUCCUAGGCGACAGGAUCUGUCGCGAUCCCGCCUGGCUACGCAUCACGGUCACUUACACGGUUAAUUCGUUCCUCGCUGCCCAAGAUCUCCGUAUGUGGCCCAGGCCUCUUCGGCGUUUCGCGAACUGGUUCCUCCCGUCUUGCCGUAAAAUCCGGGAGCAGCUCAAGGAAGCCAGGGAAAUCAUCACGCCAGUCAUUGAAGAGCGUCGCGCCGCCAAAGAAGCCGCCCUCAAGGAAGGCCGGGAGCCCGAGCGCUACGUCGACGCCAUGCAGUGGAUGGAAGAAUCCGCCAAGGGCCGUCCCUACAACCCUACUCUCGCGCAGAUCUCGUUCUCCGUCGCUGCCAUUCACACCACGUCCGACCUGCUCACUCAGGUGCUAUUCGACAUUGCCGGGAAGGAUGACCUGGUUAAAGAGUUGCGUGAGGAAGUCAUCAAUGUCAUUCAGGACGAGGGAUGGAAGAAGGCGACUCUGUACAAGCUCCGUCUCAUGGACAGCGUCCUGAAAGAAACCCAACGGGUGAAGCCGAUCGCCAUCGCCUCCAUGCGCCGUCUCGUCCAGGAGAAACUCACUCUCUCCGACGGAACCGUCAUCCCCAGAGGUUCAAACAUCCUCGUCUCCACCAACCGCAUGUGGGAUGAGAGCGUAUACCCCAAUGCCGAAACAUACGACCCCUACCGAUUCCUGCGCCUGCGCGAAGUCCCCGGCCACGAGACCUCCGCGCAGUGUGUGUCUCCGUCCCCGGACCACAUGGCGUUUGGAUUUGGCAAGCACGCUUGCCCCGGUCGGUUCUUUGCUAUCAAUGAGGUUAAGAUUGCGCUGUGCCAUAUCCUUCUGAAGUAUGAGUUUAAGCUCGCUGAGGGGUGUAAGGUGAUUCCGAUGAAGAAUGGCAUUUCGCUCAAUUCGGAUCCGAGGGCGAAAGUUGCUUUUCGGAGACGGAAGGAGGAGUUGGUUAUCUAG